AUCGCUAUACCGGCGCAUCGGCAACUCGUUUGGAUCAUUUCGCUGUGAGCCACCGACGAGUUAAGGCGACCUAGUUAAAACUUAGAAAAAUACGAAAAUAAACCCGUAACCCAAUGGCGUUCCUCAACAAGCUUGCUGCGCCUGCCCUGCGCCAGUUGGUGUCCCAAAGUCGCGCCUACGCCGCCGUGUCCCACGUUUCCCCCAAUGGCACCUCCUUCGCACUUACCGAGGAUCAGCUGCAGCUGCAGGAACUGGCCCGCAAGUUCACCCGCGAGGAGAUCAUCCCAGUGGCCGCCCAGUACGACAAGAGCGGCGAGUACCCGUGGCCCAUCAUCAAGAAGGCCUGGGAGCUGGGCCUGAUGAACAACCACAUUCCCGCUGACAUUGGUGGUCUAGAUCUCGAUGUGUUCACCACCUGCCUGUCGGCAGAGGAGCUGGCCUACGGUUGCACCGGCAUCAUGACCGCCCUGGAGGCCAGUGGUCUGGGCCAAACUCCUGUGAUCCUGUCCGGUAACAAGGAACAGAAGAAGAAGUACCUGGGCCGUCUGCUCGAGGAGCCGCUGGUCGCCGCCUACGGAGUCACAGAGCCCGGAGCAGGAUCCGAUGUUUCCGGCAUCAAGACGCGCGCCGAGAAGAAGGGCGAUGAGUACAUUCUUAACGGCCAGAAGAUGUGGAUCACCAACGGCGGUGUGGCCAACUGGUACUUCGUGCUGGCCCGCACCAAUCCGGAUCCCAAAUGCCCGCCCAGCAAGGCCUUCACCGGGUUCAUUGUGGAGCGCGACUCUCCCGGCCUGACGCCCGGUCGCAAGGAGUUGAACAUGGGACAGCGCGCCUCCGACACGCGUGGCAUCACCUUCGAGGAUGUGCGUGUGCCCAAGGAGAAUGUGCUGAUUGGCGAGGGAGCCGGCUUCAAGAUCGCCAUGGGCACCUUUGACAAGACGCGUCCUCCAGUGGCCGCAGGAGCUGUGGGUCUGGCACAGCGUUGUUUGGAUGAGGCUCUCAAGUACGCGCUGGAACGCAAGACCUUUGGCGUGCCCAUCGCUCACCAUCAGGCUGUGCAGUUCAUGCUGGCUGAUAUGGCCAUUGGUGUGGAAACAUCUCGUCUGGCGUGGCGUCUGUCCGCAUGGGAAAUAGACCAGGGACGUCGCAACAGUUACUACGCCUCUAUUGCCAAGUGCCAUGCCGCCGAUAUGGCCAACAAGAUCGCCUCCGAUGCCGUCCAGAUCUUUGGAGGCAACGGCUUCAACAGCGAGUAUCCCGUAGAGAAGCUAAUGCGUGAUGCCAAGAUCUACCAGAUCUACGAAGGCACUUCCCAGAUCCAGCGUCUCAUCAUCUCGCGAAACAUGUACGAGGUUGCCAAGGGCAACGCCUAAGCCAGUCCUUACCAGGAUUCCUCAUCAUCAUUCACCUCAGUCGCCGUCAUGCUCAUUGUCGACACAUUCACAAUGCCGAUUAAUAAAGUACAAUAAGUAAUAGUUACAAGAAACAUAAA